UUUUCUACCAUGUGUCAUCGUUCCGGAAGCCGAGCAUAGAUGCUAGCUACCUCCGUUUUGACAUCUCUUUUCCAUCUCAAGUAUGGGUCCGAAGAAACCGUCUGAGAAGCCCGCCGGCCAACCGGCCGAAAAGAAAGAGAAGAAGCCGGCAGCCGCCGCCGCUGCUACGGCUUCCGGAUCUGGUGAGAAGAAACCCGCAGCGGAAAAGAAGCCCACGGCGGAGAAGAAGCCAGCCGCCGAGAAGAAGCCAGCGGCUGCAGCAGCUGAGAAGAAGCCCGCUGCCGAGAAGAAGCCGGCCGCUGAGAAGAAGCCCGCCGAGGAGAAGAAGGCCGAGAAGCGUGCCGCACCGGCCGCCGACAGCAAGGCCGCUCCGAAGAAGAAGGCACCGGCCGCCGCCGCCGCCGCUGCUGCUGGAACCAGCAAGCCUGCCGGUGAGGCCAAGAAGGAUGCCAAGAAGGCUGCCCCGGCCGCUGGUGGUGCCGCUGGCGCUGCUGGCAAGAAGGGAGCCAAGGCUGCCCCGGCCGCUGCUGCUGCCACUGCCGCCGCUGGCAAGAAGAAGGCCGCGGAGAAGAAGGGAGCUGCUGCCGCAGCCGCCGCCGACAAGAAGGGCGCUGCCAAGGGAGCUAAGGCUGCGGCCGGUGCCGGUGCCAAGGGUGGCAAAGCUGCUGCCGGUGGCAAGCCCGCCAAGGCUGGCGAGAAGAAGAAGCCGGUGCGCCGUAUCAAUGCCAAGGGCAAGAAGACGACCAAGUCCCCGCGCCCGAAGCUGACCAAGGAGCAGGUGAAGGCCAAGAUCCAGAAGGGCAUCCAGAAGGCUCGUGCCACCGCUAUGCUGCGUGCCAAGCGUGCCUCGACCAAGCUGGUCAAGGGUCCGUAUGGAACCUGCGUCCGCAAGAUCCGCACGUCCGUGCACUUCAAGCGGCCGAAGACCCUGAAGCUUCCGCGUCGUCCCAAGUACCCGAGGAAGUCGGUCGCCAAGCGCAGCCGCAUGGAUGCGUACAAUAUAAUUAAGUACCCGCUGACGACCGAAGCGGCGAUGAAGAAGAUCGAGGACAACAACACGCUCGUCUUCCUGAUUCACCUGCGCGCCAACAAGAACCACGUGAAGGCCGCCGUGAGGAAGCUGUACGACGUGAAGGUGCUGAAGAUCAACACGCUGGUGCGACCGGACGGCAAGAAGAAGGCGUACGUGCGGCUAACGCGCGACUACGAUGCGCUCGACAUUGCCAACAAGAUCGGCAUCAUCUAAAGCGCUAGUUUUGUAUGGUUUUUUGGCGAACACUCCUCUCUCUUCCCUCUCCUGCCAAGGUGCGGGGAUGGGUGGGGGGAGUGUUCAGAGCGGGAAAAGGAGAGGAUGCUGCGUCGCGUGCGUACCGAAGUUUUUUUACACGGUGUGUGCGCGCGUGUGUAUCCUUUUUGCAUUCCUACUCUCCUCAGAUACGUUUCUCCUGGCGCGUUGUACGCGCGCAAUCCUUUCCACACCCAUCCGCGGAGAAACCGUUCUGUGUAAAGCUUGUGCUGGAAUCGUAUCUAGCAGAAGGUUAGAAGAAGCACACACGAUAACAACUGGUGAAGAAAAAAUAUAAAACAUCUGUUCAGGAGAGGAGAAAAUGUAAA